AUGCUUGCAGCGGCUCUUUUCUCUCUCUUCCUCGUUGCUGGCGCACAGCCGCUGGAGCAAAGGUUGACGGUUGAACCUGUCAAAUACUGCUCCGAGCUCCCAGAUUACAACCCAAAAACGAAGAUCGCCGGUCCAUGGACGAUCAACAUCGAUGGAUGCUAUAAUGGCACAUCAUCCCACAGCUGCAGCAUCGAAGGGUUUUCCACUGGCGCCGAUACCACACGUCAAUUUGGCGAUGAAGGCUACCUCAACGGCCUGGUAAUUUCCAUCAUUCCCUCAUCUCAACCAACCACAACCACAGAAUCAGAACUAACAGCCACACAGGUCACUAUAACAAGCCAAAAAGAAAACAUAAAAACCCAACUCCGCUGCAACGGCAACGAGGAAAUAACUCAAAUCGAAGCACAUAUCCCCUACGGCUCCGGUGAUCUAGCCUGGCAGCCCGUCGGCAUCAACCACCACCCAGCCACAGGCCGACUCGUCUGGGGUCGGGACUCUGAGCCCGUGCAGGUCUACCGGCACUCGAUGCAGGGUGCACCGCUCAAGGGACUCUUCCUCGGCUCGAAUGGUCAGACGCAGUGGGUUGUCCAUUCGUCGGGUCGGGAUGUUAGCAUUGUUGAUUUCAAGCCGUAUUGGAUUCCUAGGCUUGUUAUUCCUGAGAUGGUUAUGAAUGCGGAAGAAUAUAUGACUUUUAUGAGGAUUGAUGGCAGCUGA